AUGCCGAACGGGUGGGCUUCCAAGGAAGACGGCUGCUCUGAGAGCGAGUCUGGCACCACUGGCACCGAACAUAGUUCUAGUGAAGCGUCAGUGUCAGUGGAAGAGGUGCCCGCGGCUCCGGCAGCACCUACCGCAGUGCCGGAGCCAAAAAACUCACCACCAGCAGCAAGCCCUGACCGCAGAGAACGCGGCAGGGAUGCCCGACGCUCUGAGCGUCAUGGCAGAGAUAAGGGCAAAGGAUCGAAAGGUCGUGGGAAGAGCAAUGCCUCCAAGUGCCCCCACUGCUGGAAAAAAGUGAAAGGUGGGUAUUCCUGGGCCAAGUCGAAAGAAAUGGCUGAAAGGCUGAAAGAAGACCGUAUGGUGGAAGGUGGGCCAUCAGAUGAUGAUGGCCCAAACAGCGCCAAUCCUCCUCCGCGGCCGGAUAAGUCAUGGGUGCCUACUCGUAGGUCACCACCACGCCGCAAGGAGAAAAAAGAGAAGAAGCACAAAGAGCCCAAGAUGUGGAAGGUAAGGAAGAAUGAAAAGAAGAAGCGCAAGAAGAACAAAAAGAGCAGCCGCUCACCGAGCCCAGUCCGUGAGAGGAAGAAGCGUCCGCCAAGCUCUUCCUCAUCGGGUGGUGGGAAGAAAGGCCGUGAAGGUCGAGCAAAGAAGGAAAAGCCUCGCACCUUGGUAAGGGCACUUGGCGGAGAUGACUUUGGCAUUUCUCCGGAGGGAUUGCAGGCUGUUGCGGAAGCAAUGGCAAAGGUCUCUGCUGAUAGCGAGGAGCAUCACAGUGACAGUGACAUUUGGAAUGGUGUGAAAGAAAUGCUAUACCACACUGCGGCGUUUGUGGAUGCAGCCGGUACUGACAAAGAUGCUGUGGCUGCGUAUUGCUUCCGCUCACUGCUGAAGGCCACGUCAACUUACAACGACGAGCAAACGCCAAAGCUGCUGCAGCAUCCAAAGUAUGCAGACCAGCUUCUAAUUCAAUGCUGGGUUCCGGCUUUUGGAGAUUCCUGGCAGCGUAGUCUCCGGUGGGCGUACGCAUUGGCCACAGAGUUGCGCUAUGCUCGCAAGUAUUUGAGAGUACUGGUCUGGCUCUUGUCCCGGGCGCCGGGCAGGACUAGGGAGAGCACUUGGGCCAAACUCAGCUACAACUGGCUACUUCAGGCAGAAACGGCCAUGUUGCAAAAGCGACAAAAUGGCUUGACCGCGUCUUGA